CUCACUUAGGUAACAAAACCUCCUUGUGAUCCUCUCGUCCUUGUUGAGGCGAGGGGUGUGGGAGGUCAGGGUAGCUGGUGGAGUCUAUGGAGGCGCCACCCUGGCCACCCCAUAUCGAUCGUCGUCUCGUGCCGGUCGUAUAUAGACCUGGGAUACCGUUUUGAGUGCUCGUCUGUACUACAUAUUUCCCUUGAAGGUUUUAUGCAGAUUCAAACUAGUCCACUAACUUCGCGUUAACGAGUUGUCAAGUUGUGGCGCACAAUCGCGCCACUCGCCGUCAACACGCGUGUAUGGGCGCCGAAACUGAACACACGGUCUUUCCCCGGUUCUUAAUGGUGUCCGGUCAAAACAAGCCAAACACAUUGAAACUCAACAGUGUGGCCCGUCAGGCCAGUCGAUAUUCCGCCCGAGACCCAAGAUUAAGAACCUAAAUUGAAGCUUUCACCCCAUAAACUGCCAGUAUUUUUUCCAAGGUAUUAUUUGUAGUACAAAAUUUAAAAUGGAACAAGAUUGGGAACCAGUUAUUUUGAGAACUAGCAGGACUCCGAAGAAUAAGGAACUCGUACGAGAAAAUGCUGUUAGAGAGUCCCUACUGUCUGAAUCCACGUCAGGAAUAUGUAAAGGCGAGGAAGAUGAUACUACAAGUGUUGGCACCAAUUCAUUCUCAAGCCCUGACUUAGAAUUUAGCACUAGGGAACGGCUCCCAACCAUUCAAGCAAGAAAGAAUCCAAUCCUAAAUGAGGAAGUUACAGCUUUACUGAACAAGCCGAAAGCAAAUCAUGUGAAAAUAACAGAGAAUCCUGCUGAUCGAGACAUCGAAAUUAAAAUCAAGGACAAAGAAAAGUCCAAAAAAGACGAAGUUAAAAUCCCCGAUGGUGGAUGGGGAUGGGUGGUUGUACUGUCAUCUUUCAUAAUAUCCAUGAUAGCAGAUGGAAUCAGUUUCUCCUUUGGCUUACUGUACAUCGAGUUUCUACAAGAAUUCGAAGCUAGUAAAUCUACAACUGCAUGGAUCGGGAGUUUAUUCAUUGCCGUACCGCUUCUCUCAGGACCUGUAAUGAGUGCUUUAGUAGACAGAUAUGGAUGUCGAAGCAUGACAAUUCUCGGUGGCAUUAUAUCGACAUUGGGAUUCGUUUUAGCAUCGAUUUCAACAACUCUCGAAAUGAUGAUGAUUACAUUUGGAGUUAUAGCUGGUUUGGGUCUCGGGCUUGUGUAUGUCACAGCUGUUGUAUCAAUAGCCUACUGGUUUGAAAAGAAAAGGAACUUGGCUGUGGGUUUAGGAGCUUGUGGUACAGGCGUUGGGACCUUCGUCUACGCACCAAUGACUCAAUAUUUCAUAGAAGAAUAUGGUUGGAGAGGAACAAUCCUCUUGCUUUCUGGGACGCUGUUGAAUCUUUGUGUAUGUGGAUGUGUUAUGAGAGAUCCUGAAUGGUGGACAUUAGAGCAAAAACGACAGAGGAGUAGCAGAGAUGAAGGAAAACUGAAGAAAGAAGACGAUAAGUCCAGACAUUCAUCUUCAGCGUCAAUUUCCAAUCCCUAUGUGUUUGAUUUUGAUGCUCCAACACGAGGCAAGAGUAUGGGCGGGCUGAUUCGAAGGGGGGUGUCUCCUGAAAAGGUGAUAAAGCAAGAAGCAGAAAGCAUCAAACGUCACCAGAAUAUUAUGAAGCUCAAGAAGAGUAAGCAAGUGAAACGCAAGUCGCAGUCCGUGGAGAACUUGCCAACUUAUCUUACUUAUAGCGACAAGGUAUCCAUGGGAACACUAGACACACUAGUCAAGAAAACGAGCAGAGACUACGGCAUCGAAGUGAAGUACCCAUCUUUCGCCAUAAACAGAACCAAAAAGACACCACCAAGAGAACCGAGCAACGAAUCCAAUGACCCUCCAAUCGUCAAAUUUACGAAACAUACACUACAACGAACGAAUUCAGAAAAAUAUCAGAACAACGAUAAAACUUCAGACAAAUAUGAACUUAAGAAUCCAGAGAAGAGAGUUAUUAGAAAGGCUCAUUCAGAAACCCGGGAUGAUAAAGAAAUGGUGAAACAAGAUAGUAAGGAGAAUAGGAAAGAUUGGUUAAAGAAACAGCUGUCGGUGAACCAUCAUUACUUAAAGGAUUUGAAGAUGCCCUUGAAUUCUAUUAGCCAUAGAAAUGCCAUGUUGAAUAUAAAGAGGUACAGGUUGAAGGCAUCGUCCUGCCCAGAUAUAUUUAAGAACUCUAUGAUUACCAUCGAUGAGAAGGAAGAGAACUGGUACGAUGACUGUGUCAGCUGCCUCGCCGACAUGUUCAACGUGACCCUCUUCAAGCGAAUGACCUUCAACCUCCUCUGUUUGGGCACCAUCAUACUAUUCAUCUGGUUCAUAGUGCCAUACUUCUAUCUCGCUGAACAUAUGUUAGAUAGUGGCUACAGUGAAGAUGACAGCGCUGGGAUGUUGAGCUUGAUCGGGAUUACUAAUACUAUUGGAAUGGUCGGCCUCGGCUGGAUAGGCGACUUCCCCCAAGUUUCCAUCGGAGGCCUAUAUGCCGUAUGUCUGGUCCUCUGCGGCGCUUCUGUGGCUGCCAUCCCAAGGGCUGCAGCACUGAACUACUGGCUCUUAGCCUCUGCUUCAGCAGCUUUUGGCCUAUUUUUCGCAGCAUCAUAUACUUUCACACCUAGUCUGUUGGUGAAACUGGUAUCGUUGGAUGACUUUACAUCGGCUUAUGGAUUGGUGUUGCUCGCUCAGGGUAUCGGUCAUUUGAUUGGACCACCGUUAUCAGGCUUCAUCUACGACGUUACAUUCUCGUGGGAGCUGUCGUUCUACCUCGCUGGAGGAUUCAUCAUGGUGUCCGGGAUGCUCAUAUCUCUCAUCCAGCCGGUCAGGAGCUACCAGAUCAGACAUGCUGUCGCUGAUGAUAUCAGCAUGGCUUAAGGGGUGUUGAACUCUUGGGUUGGUUUGCAUUCCAAAAAGUUCAAUUAGAUGCACGAUUAUAUGUACAUAUAUAGAUCUUGUAGAAUAUGCAAGGAAACUUCAUGAUUUUUUCUAUUGAUCAACAAGAAUUAACCUGCAUAGUAGAGCUACCUAUCGUCAAUAACACAUUGCAAGUAUGUAAGGAGAAGAGGUAGGCAGUAGUAACAAUUGUAAAUUAGUAAACAACAAUUAAUAAUCCACUCAUCCAGUUGCGCAUGUAGGUAUACCGAUUACCAGAGGUCAAAUCGCCGAUUAAAAUGGUGCAACUCAUCCUAAAUGCACUCGAAGCUUGAAACGAAUCUAUAGCUUAGCUUCGAAAACUUCCCAAGGACAAAAUAGAUUAAUGACUGAAAACGAUUUUUAAAGAUGCAACUACCAGCAAGUAUGAAAAGAAUAAAAUUGCAUAUAGUCUGAGAGCCAGACUUUUUUAAAAUGUAAUCAUCUCUUAAUCAAAUAUUAUAACGAUUUAUCUAACAUAAUGGUUCCCAUAUUAUAAUAUAAAUAUAAAGUUAUAGUAUUUUAAGACUAUUUACCCCUCUAGUUAUAUAUGUAUUACAUAUAAAAUUAAUUUUGAUAGUAAUUGAUCUUCCUAUUCGAAGUUGUUAUGUUUUUGUAGGAAUUAAUUUAUUUAGUAAGAAUUUUUGGACUUGAGUCACUUAAGUUAAUAAGUCACGAAUUUUUAGAUCACAAUUAUUAAUUUUAAUUAGAAACUAUUAGUUAUUUGUAGUCUUUCGACUAUUAUGGUAAAAAAAACGUGCCUAUAUAUCUACCAACUUAUGAAAAAAAUCACUAUCAAAUUGUAUUUUACUUAAAUAUAACUUAGCAAAAUAAAUACAUUUUUAAUCAAUAUAAGCACUUACUAUUUUAUCAGCUGUUACAAUUUGUAUCAAUAAUAACGAAGAAGUAUCUGAUUUCUAACACACAUAAAAUAAACUUAGUGUAUUAAAAAAUUUGUGAACGCUUUGAAAAUUAUUUUACUCAUUGGGUAUUGGGUUGCCCGGGUAACUGGGUUGAGGAGGUCGGAUAGGCAGUACUCCUACUCUGGUAAAACUUGUACUCAGCUGCUUACAAUUACAUUGGUAGCCAACCCCAAAAUACUUGGGAAAAAGACUAGGCAGAUGAUGAUUUAAAAAUUAUUUCAAUUUAUUAGUCAAUUGAAGGCGCGUCUGUCAAUUGGUCCAUUUAUUUUAAUUAAACAUCAAUUUAAAGCAAUUAAGAUAAUCCGCCUUGUAAUGUGGAGCGCGUGUUUAAGCAACGAGUCAUCUAUUAAGAAUUGAUCUUUUUUGAACUGUGAUUUAUUUAUUCGUAAUCUUAAAUAAAAAAAAACAUAUAAGUAUAGGAAAUUCAGUUAACAGUCAGUUGGUUUUGAAAUGUGAACUCGUUCAUUAUUUAUAUUAGAAAAAAGUAUUUCUUAUUUAUCUGGAAAAAAAACAUAUAGAAAUAGGCUUAACGUCUGUUUUUUUUUCUACCAAUAUUCAAUAAAAUAACCGAUGAUUAAUUAGAACUAAUGUGCCAUUAUCUGUAUAACGUACUGUACUAUAUUAUAUACCUAAUAGUAUUUUGAAGAAUAUAACCAUUCCACACUUUAUACAGUAAGAAAUAUGUAAUUUAACAUUUUUACCAAUACCGAGAUAAUAUAAAUGAUUAUUGUAACUUUUUAAUUAACUUUUACUUGUUAAAUUUUGUAAAAGAAAAACGUCAAAAAGAGUCAUCUUUACAUGUACGUGACCUUGGCAUUUUUUUUAUUCUCCAAAAACUCUUUACAAAAAUAUAUAAAAUAAGUAAAUAACCGGAUGAAUAACCUCAAACAACAAAAUUUUCUAAAAAAAAUAUGAAAACGUUUUUCUUCUGAAUAAGCGACAUAAUAUGAAUGAUUUCAUAAAUUCAUACUUACAGCUCUUGGUCUAAAAAACAUAGAGUAAGAAAAUUUGUAGAUAGAGCACAAUAUAGCAUAAUUUGUACCUAAUUUCGAACAAAUUAUACCUAUUUCUGUAACACGUUUAUAUGCACAAUGGAAAGAUAUUACAAUAUACGAUAUUGAUAUCUUUCCGAAUAAUUUAAGGUAGGUUUAAGAACUAACAGGUUUUGAUCAUGUUAUAUUAUUCUGUAUUUAAUCAAAUGUUAUUAAAUUAUUUAUUGGA